ACUCAGCCGGUCUAGUUGGAAAAACCAAAAAACUCGGCGCUCUCUGGCUUAACAUAUAAGUCCCUACGAUUCUCCAAAAUACCUAAAAAGCUCGCGCGUUCAACAGAAAGAGAAGCAAAUUGAAUUGAAUCAGAGAGCUUAAGGGUUUUUGAAGAGAAGCGAAGAUGGGAGAGCGUAAGGUUCUGAACAAGUACUAUCCACCGGACUUCGACCCAUCGAAGCUGCCCAGAAUAAGGAGGCCCAAGAAUCAACAGAUAAAGGUGCGGAUGAUGCUUCCCAUGAGCAUUCGCUGCAAUACUUGUGGCAAUUACAUCUACAAAGGCACCAAAUUCAAUUCUCGCAAAGAAGAUGUCGUCGGAGAGACGUAUUUGGGAAUUCAAAUAUUUAGAUUUUACUUCAAAUGUACCAAGUGCUCCGCUGAGCUCGCGAUGAAGACAGACCCACAGAAUUCAGACUAUGUUGUUGAGGCCGGUGCUACACGAAAUUUUGAACCCUGGCGCAAUGAGGAUGAGGAAUUAGAUAAGGAGAAACAAAAAAGGGAGUCUGAAGAAAUGGGAGAUGCCAUGAAAUCCUUGGAGAACAGAACCCAGGAUUCAAAAAGAGAGAUGGACAUCAUGGCUGCUUUGGAUGAGAUGAAGUCCAUGAAGGCCAGACAUUUUAAUGUGAGUGUGGAUGAUAUGUUGGAGGCUUUGAAACACACGGCUGCGUUAAAGGAGAAAAUGAUUGAAGAGGAGGAUGAAGCAGCCUUAAAAUCAGUACUAUUCCAUAACUCAAAAGAUUUUGUUCGAAGGGUUCCUGAUGAAGAUAUUGAGCCUUUAAGUGGCAACGGUGAAACAUCAGAUCAUAAUUUCAAGAGGCCAAAGCUUACCCAAGACGCACCUAGCAACCCGACAGAUUGGUUGACAAAAAGCAGUAUUUUUAAUAUAAGCAAGAGAGGAAAUCAAAAUGGCUCAGAAGCUUCAACUGAUGCUAAAUUCACUUUGAAGUCGUCAACUGUUAGGGUUUCUAUAGUUAAGAAACCAGUUGCGGCUGAAGGUAACAAGUCAGCGGAAGGAGAAGAUAAGAAACAAUUGGGAGAGGAGGUUCAAAAUUCUACAAAACCAGCUGAUGAAAAGCAAGAGGGAGAGAAUAAAACCAAUGCUACAAGCAAUGUAUUACAGUCGUUGUGCCAAAACUAUGAUAGUGAUGAUGAAUAGUUGUCGAUUAGUUUUAUCUACUUCUCAUAUUUAUUCCCAUAAUCAUGUAUUGAGGAAAUCUUUUCAGUAUAUCCUGAUCUAUCUUGGUUCCCAUUAUGUAUUAAGAGAAUGAAUGUUGUCAAAAUGAAAACAUAACUUCCGAAGUGUGGGCCUAACUUUUCAAAA